UAAUGUUGUUAUUUAUUUAGAUACGAUAGUUUACUUAGGAGCCAUCGAUAUAUCCCGAUUCCUGCUUCCCCUUCAAAUGACUAUAAAACUAUUGAUAUUAUUGCAAUUGAGCGUCAUCGUCUCUUCAAUCCAAGAUGACAGGAAAGUUGGACGUCUGACUGAAGUGUUCGCUUGGAAGCAACUUACAUACGAUAUUGAUGGAGUCGCGUUAACCCAAGACCGCGUCACAAAUUUUGAACAGAAUGCUUUGUUGAGAAGAAAACGACAGUCCGAUCUGGUCUACUUUAAGAACGAAUACAUGGAUGAAAGGAUUUGGAGUGAUAAAUACAGUCGGAUGGACUCUCGCGUGAUACCGAGGUGGAAUUUGUACAGACCAAAACCAUCGCAACCUAACGUCGGUACUAAUGUGAACCAGUCUGAUGCCUUCUUCAUUCAAUACAAUAACGUGCCCAUGGGAGUGGAAAGGGUGGGCGAUAGAGUCUUCAUCACUGUUCCUAGACGAAGAUACGGCAUCCCAUCAACACUAAACUACGUAGAACUGAACCAAAGAGAAAGGUCCCCGGCUUUGAAGCCGUACCCGGAUAUCAGACAAGCGAGGAGCUUGACUUCAGUGUACCGGACUAGAGCCGACCAGUGUGGCCGGCUGUGGAUGGUAGACACUGGCCUCUUGGAGAUCCCUGCCAACCCCCAGCAAGUGCAACCACCCGCGAUAGUAAUAUUUGACUUGAACACAGACACGCAAAUCUUAAGGUAUCAAUUUAAAGAUGAAGAUAUACCCGCUGCGAAUACACCGACUGGCCUGGCGUCAAUAACCAUAGACAUGCAGUCGGAUUGUGCCUCCGCCUACGCGUAUGUACCAGAUCUGACUACGUUUGGUCUUAUAGUGUAUUCGCUGAAAGAUAAUGACAGCUGGAGGUUGUCGCACAGUUACUUCCACUUCAAUCCUAUAGCUGGAAACUUGAAUAUUGCGGGACAGAAUUUCCAAUGGAACGACGGCAUAUUUAGCAUCACAAUCAAACAAACCGGCAGAGAGUGCAACACGGCGUACUUCCACCCACUGAUUAGUUUCCACGAGUUCGCUGUAUCAACCUGUGUUCUUAAUAACAAGACGGCUAUCCAGGCAUCCAAUUACUGGUCACUUUAUUCUGUAGUAGGAGAGCGUGGUGAUGAGAGCCAGUCGACGAUGCACGGCCACCACGCCGGCUCCAACGUGAUGUUCUACGCCGAGAUCGGCCGCAGCGCCGUCACCUGCUGGCACACCGCUAGACUCCUCAAGCCCUCCAACAUCGCCAUAUUAGCGAAAGACAACACGCGAUUGAGUUAUCCUUGCGACUUGCAUGUAACGGAUGACGAGGUUUGGGUGAUGGCCAACUCUCUCCCGCGCUUCAGCUACUCCAGACUUGACACUGACGAAUACAACUUCUUCGUAUAUAGAGCAUCUAUAAAAGAUCUCAUAUCGGGGACAAUUUGCAACAACUAAACUAGAAAUAAAACGAUGUUUAUUUAUUAUUUAAUAAACAAAAUUACAGUUAA